CAUUCAUAUAUAAAUUCAAAGCCGGAAAAAAUUAUUUUAAAAUUUUUGUUUAAUAAUAAAAUCACCAAUCUGUUUUUUAAUAAAUAAUUUUUUUUAAAAAGUAUUUUUUGUUAAGUUAAAAAAGGAAUUUCACGUUCACAUUUCGCUUCCAAUUUUUGUGGUUAGUAACAAAAAGAGAAAAAAAAAGAAAAAGGCAGACAGUAAAAUUUUUAUGUCAAGUCAGAAGAAAGCUGGAAGAUUAUAAAAAAAUUAAUAUCUCUUAUGUGAUUUGAGAUAAAAAGAAAUUGCAGUUUUACGAAAAAAUCUUUUUAUUUUGGAAAUUAUAAGUGUAUUUUAAAUAUAAUAGUUUUUGCCUACACAAAGCAAAAAAAAAAAAGAAAAAUCAAAUCUAGUGUUUUUUUAAAAAUUAAUCAAUUCAAAAAAAUUUUGCUUUUUAUUUAAAUUUAAAAAGUUUCUCAUAUUCUUGUGUAAAUUUAAAAAAAAAAAUUAAAAAACCAUGAGUUGGCAGGAUUACGUAGAUAACCAAUUGAUGGCCUCCAAUUGUGUGACGAAAGCUGCUAUCGCUGGACACGAUGGUAACAUUUGGGCCCAAUCCAAAGGAUUCGAGGUUACAAAGGAUGAAAUUGCUAGGUUGGUGCAAGGAUUCGAAAAUCAAGAUUUAUUACCUAGUAGUGGUGUCACAUUAGCUGGCCAAAGGUACAUUUAUUUAUCAGGAACUGAUCGGGUAGUUCGUGCCAAAUUGGGAAAAAGUGGUGUGCAUUGUAUGAAAACACAUCAAGCCGUUAUAGUUUCAAUCUAUGAAGACCCUGUUCAACCUCAGCAGGCAGCCUCAGUUGUUGAAAAACUUGGAGACUAUUUAAUCGGCUGUGGAUACUAGAGGUAAGCGGCGCAACAUCAUCUAAACAAUUUUUUUUUUUUUUAAAUUUAUAAAAAGUGUAAAAAUUAAAAAAGCAAAGGAAAAAAAAAAGAAACUUUUUAAAAAAAAAAUUAUACAAAAUUUAAAUAAAAAAUAAUUAAAAAACGACAUAAAAAAUAUAAAACAUAAAAAAAAAAACAAAAAACCAUUGUAAUACUACGCUUUAGGCUGUAAAACUAUGUAAAAUGAUUAAAGCAUAAAAACAUAAUAUUGAAUAAUUAUAAACUUACGCAUUAUUAAAGUAAUUAAUUAAAAAAAAAAAGAAAAAAAAAAUCAAAUCAAA